UCUUUACUCUAUCAUAACUCAUGUUCUGCUUUGCAUAAACAUGGCAGAAGAGCUCGCGCGCUGUGAAACAGAUGAUGACCUGCAGCAGCAACAUUGUGUCCACAUGGUCAGUGAGUAUCAGGAGCUGGUUUAAACUUCUGUUUGAUGCCAGAUAGUAGAAGAGCAUGGCUGAUAAAGAGGAGCUAGGGAUCAGGCUGAAGAAGCUGCUGGUGAGGUUGAACCUUCAAGAGGGGAAGCAGAUGGGCACCAUGGUCCAGAUUAUGCAAGACCUCCUGUUCCUGUCCCAUACGAAUCACUGUGUUGAGCUGUUUGCCGAUCAAAACGUCCAUAUGCCUCUGAUGCUGGUGUUGUCAUCGCAUUUCAACAACAAAGUCCAACAGGUAGGCUGGUCUCUGCUGUGUCGUCUGAUGGAGAUUUGUCCCACCACUCUGGACAGUCUGGCCAACCCAGAUGAAUAUGAGUUUACUGAGGUGCACAAGCAGAUUCUUAAGGUGCUUUCAAUGUAUCAUAAAGAUUCCAAGAUGAUGAAGGUGGGCCUGAGAGCUCUGGCUCUCCUACUGAAGUCAGAUGCGAUUGUGAUGCAGGUUCUGGACGAGGAAGAGGUGGACGUGUUUUUCUUGGUUCUGGAGGCCAUGAGGUCAUUUCAUGACAAAGAAGAGGUUCAGCUACAGGGAUGUGCUGCUUUACAACUACUUCUGCAAACAGUUUCUGAUGCUCAUCUGGUGGAGUUCAUUGAGAACAAGGACCAUGAGGUGGUGUUGGAUGCGCUCAGGCGGUUCAUGGACAGUGAGAAUGUGGUACUGCAAGCUCUGAGGGUCCUCAUACCGCUGGCUGCUCCAGCCAGCAAUAUUGAGAUUCUGAUGUCCAAACCCAUUAAAUGCGACAGUCUGCUGUGUCAGGCCAUGGACAUGUGGCUCGACUCGGAGGCCAUACAGGAGGCUGGAUGCUGUCUGUUACAGAAAUGUACUUCAGAGAGUUACUAUAAUAUACUGGUGCUGAAUGGUGUCCAUAAGGUGGUGGUGAAAGCAUGUGUCGCUUAUCCUAAGAAUGCCACAGUGCAGACCACUGGCCUUUCCUGCCUGAGCGCGCUCGCGGAGUGUAUUGUACAGAAUGAAGGGCUGGACAGAGAGUGCAACGAGGAGGACGAGGCGAAACAGAAAGAUCUGGUAAAGAAAGAAGCCACCCAAGAGGAGGAAAUGCUUAUCUGGAGAGAGGCCUGUUAUGCCGCUUUAGAGAGACAUGCUGACAAUGCCGCAGUGCAGGAAGCUGCAUGUUGGGCUUUAAACAGCUUGCUGCUUCAUUACAACUCCUUCAACCAUGUGGAACUGGAAGGAAGGCCUCCCCUUCAUUCUCUCAUCAUGGCUGCCAUGCUUUUGCAUUCAUCCAGUGCGGAGGUUUUCCAAGCUGCUUCCUGUACACUACGCACACUAAUACAGCGCCACAGUAGGAUGAGGGCUCUGCUGCUUUCACAUGGCAUUCAUGUCAACAUUGUGCAUCUGAUGCAGAAACACGCGAACUCCAGCGCUGUGUGUGAAAGUGCCUGCAGACUGCUUCACACACUCUUCCAGGAAGCGAGGGCCAGUCUAGAUGAUGGGACCUUGAUGCUCGGUCAAAUCCUGACUGCUCUGAAGACACAUAACUUCAUUCCUGAAGUUCAGCUGGAGGGUCUCAGAGCGAGUCUAGUUCUUCUCAGUCCGGACAGGAGUUUAAGAGAGCAUGGCUCCUCGGUGGCGGAUCCUGACACAGUGGAUGUUUCGCUGCGGGUGCUGAAGAACCAGUGUGUACUAGAGGGAGCUCACACUGUCUAUCUAGAGGCACUUAAUAGGUUUAUCAGUAGUGAGGAGAUUCAGGAGUGUGGACUUGGUGUGCUCUCAGCACUAGCUGACUGUUCUGGAGCGGUUGACCUCAUGUGCCAGCAGGGGGCGAUAGAUACGGUUCUUCAUACGCUGCAGAUAUUUCCACAGGAACAUGAAGUUCACUACUGGGGUCUUAGUCUUCUGUUUCACCUCAUCUCUAAGAAGAAGCUCUCUCGCAUGAUGGUGCCUGUACUGGCCUCAGUUUUGGUCAGCUCUGUACGGCAACACAAAGAGGACACAGUCAUGCUUCUAAAGGGUCUUCAGGCGGCGUGGAAGUUGUUGGACACCUGCUCGAGUGCCGCAGCGUGGCUGCAGAAAGAAGCCUUCGAGAAAGACAUCUUCCAGAUCCUGCGGGAAAAGACGGCAGACCAGCGCCGAGAUCCACUGCAGGGAAUGAGUUGCCUGUGCCUGUCUAAGAUGGUGGCGGACAGUGAGAUCCUGUACACGCUGCUGGAGAGAGCGUGUGAGGACGGCGAUGUGGACAUGGCAGAAUGUCUCAUCCAUCUGGGUGCUGACAUCAACAAGAAAACAAAGAGCGAUUCACUUAUAUAUCAGGUUUGUGAUCGAGGGGCUCCUCUGGCUCUGCUGGAGCUGCUGGUUUCUGCAGGAGUUCAUGAGCAGCAGUUACGUGGAGCUCUGAGCGUGUGUGUCAGGAGGGGCGAUGACCCUGCCAUCACCCUACUGCUCGGCCGUCUGGGGCUGGACCACGCCAACAACGCCCUGUGCCUCGGGAGCUUCCGCCUCGGACAAAUGAAAGCGUCGUGGCUCAGCGCUCUGCUCUCUGAACGCAAAACUCAGUCUCCAGUCAACAAGAAGAACAGUAAAGGUCAGCGUUUGGCCAGACAGAUCUUGUCACUCCAGAGGAACAAAGGGUUUGUGGGAGUUGGUAGAUUACGGAGUGAUGCCAGCACAUCAGAAUAUUUCACAGAUGAGGAAAGUGACGAAUCACACAUUUCCUUAGAUGAAAGCUUGGUCUUCAUGUUUCAUAACAUGGAGAGUGACGGGAGUGAUGGGCCUUCACGAGGAUUGCUGCUUUUCAACGAUUCACCAGAAGUGGGCAGGAAACCUGCUUGGAGACAUCGCAGCCGGCGUAGACGUGCCAAUUCAGAGGGAUGCCACGGUGAGACCAAUCCAAGCGUCCCUCUACAUAAGCGCUUUAACUCUCGCAACACUAGAGGGCAGGGUUCCAUGGAAAGCUCCACUCCUGGCGCUUUCCCUCAGGCCAUAGACAAAGAGCCCAUCCGUCUGCUCGACCUCUCAGGGAAUGAGCUGGGCAGUCUGUCCUGUUUGAUGGGUGCGAGCGCUCUCAAACAGCAGAUUGAAAGCCUUCUUCGGCUUGAUUUGAGCGGCAACAGUCUAUCAGAGCUUCCCAGUGUUCUCUGUCAGCAUUUAAGAAGUCUUACCCGUCUAGAUCUUCAAGGUAACCAACUGCAGUCACUUCCUGUGGAGCUCCUGGGUUUACCUGCACUGAGCACGCUCAAUGUUUCUCGCAACUGCAUUGGUCCUCUUCUGCUGCUGGACCCAACUGUGUGCAGUCCAGCCUUACGCCAGCUCAACCUGUCCUUCAACCAGAUCACCGUCUUCCCCUUCCAGCUGGGGCAGGCCAUGGACAGACUGGAGGAGCUCUCGCUGGAGGGCAAUCAGAUAUCAGCCCUGUCUCUUCCGCUCCGCCUGGCUGAAUUGAAAGUUUUAGACAUCGGUAAGAAUCAAGUUAAAAUCAUUUCAGACAACUUCCUCACUGAAUGUCUCAAGUUGGAAACUUUCAUCGCUUCAGUUAACCAAAUCAGUUCAUUGUCACACCUUCCUUCAAAAAUAACCACUGUUAAACUAUCACAGAACAAUUUCACAAGUGUUCCUGAAAUAAUCAUCAGCUUGCCAAGUUUGCGUUCGGUGGACAUGAGGAAUAACAGUAUUAGUGUUCUGCCGGGACCGGCUUUGUGGGUCAGUGUAAACCUAAGAGAGCUGAUGUUCAGUCAUAAUCACAUCUCUGUGCUCGACCUGAGCGGCCCGGUAUACAAGUGGGCCAGACUGGAAAAACUUCAUUUGAGCUCCAACAAACUCACUGAGAUCCCUCCUCAGAUCGGUAUGUUGGAGGACCUGACGUCUCUAGAUGUCAGUCAGAAUGAAGGUUUGCGCUCUUUCCCUGAUGAGAUGGGGAAGCUGGUUCAUUUAUGGGAUCUACCUCUAGAUGGUCUGCAGCUCCAGAUGGACCUCAAACACAUUGGGAACAAAACCAAAGACAUCAUCAGGUUCUUGCAGCAGCGUCUGAAGAAAGCUGUCCCGUAUUACCGCAUGAAACUCAUUGUGGUCGGCAGCCCAUGUAGCGGGAAAAGUUCUUUGAUUCAUCAGCUGAUGAAGCUGAAACGCUCUCAGUGGCGAUCUGAUCAGCACACCGUCGGCGUCAGCGUCAGAGACUGGGCCAUCAGAAACAAAGACAAGAGGAACAUGCUGCUGAAUGUUUGGGAGUUCUCAGGUGGUGAAGAGUGCAGUGGAUUUCACCCUCACUUUAUGAGCUCCAGGGCGCUCUAUCUAGUGCUGUAUGACCUGAGUAAAGGACCCAGUGAGAUAGACGCCAUCAAACCCUGGCUCUUUAACAUUAAAGCCGUAGCUGGACAGUCUCCUGUGAUUGUGGUUGGAACUCAUGCAGAUGUGUGUGAAGAGCACCACCUACAGGAGUGUGUUCGGAAGCUGCGAGAGGAGCUGCUGUCUCAACCGGGCUUUCCAGUGAUCAAAGAGAACCACAUACUAUGUGCCUGUGAGGAGUCGGAGUCCAUCAGCAGGUUACGCAAAGCCAUGUAUAGAGAGCUGAUUGGGUUCAAGAUCCAGGGUCAGCCGGUAAUGGGGCAACUGAUUCCAGACUGUUAUGUGGAGUUGGAGAGGAGACUUUUACAGGAGAGGUCACAUGUACCCACUGAUUUCCCAGUGCUCAGACACAGCAGACUGCUGGAGAUCAUACAGGAAACACAGCUGCAGCUAGAGGAGGGAGAGUUACCCCACGCUAUCCACUUCCUCAGCGAGGCUGGUGUCCUGCUGCACUUUGAUGAUCCAGUGCUUCAGCUAAAGGAUUUGUACUUCAUUGACCCACAAUGGCUUUCUAACAUCAUCUCACAGACGCUCACUCUGAGGAGCACUGGUCAGUGGGACAGCACUAGAGGAGUGGUGCAGCGAACCACUGUGGAAAAGUUUCUGAACAAAAGUCGCUGUUUCCCAAAGGAUCAUCUGACUCAGUACUUGAAACUAUUGGAAAAGUUUCAAAUAGCUCUUCCCUUCGGAGAUGACCAGUUACUUAUACCUAGCAGCCUGUCAGAUCAAAGGCCGGUGAUUGAGCUUCCUCACUGUGAGAAUUCAGAGGUGAUUGUUCGGCUUUAUGAGAUGCCAUACUUCCCCAUGGGUUUCUGGUCCAGACAGAUCAGCCGUCUGUUGGAAGUGUCUGCUUUCCUGCUCUACGGCAAAGAAAAAGCAUUGAGACCAAACAGGAUCUACUGGAGGAAGGGUAUCUAUCUAAGCUGGUCUGCUGAAGCUUACUGUCUGGUGGAGGCAUUGUCUCUAGAAGACAAUCCUGCUAGCUUCAUCAAGAUCACCGUCCCCUGCUCUCUCAAAGGUUGUGUGUUGUUUGGGCAGGUGGUGGAUCACAUUGACUCUCUGCUGGAGGAAUGGUUUCCAGGCCUCCUCGCCACUGAUGUCCAUGGCACCGGAGAGACACUGCUUAAGAAAUGGGCUCUGUACAGCUUCAGUGAUGGAAAAAACUGCCAAAAGAUGCUGCUGGAAGAACUUCUCUCCAAAAUCAAUGCAGAUGGUUUGCUGGUGAACCCAGAGGACCCCAGCUGUACUCUGCCCAUCUCUCAGAUCUCUCCAGACCUGGUACUGUGUGACCAGCCAUCCAGCAUCAUACUGGAUCCAGAGCAACUGGAGAUGGAGCUCUCGAUGGAGUAUAUGUUGGGAGAUGGAGGCUUUGGCUCCGUAUAUAAAGCUGUGUACAACAAUGAGGAAGUUGCUGUUAAGAUUUUCAAUAAACAUGCAUCUACACUUUAUGUUCAUCGGCUGGUACGACAGGAACUGGCGGUUCUUGGCAGACUGUGUCACCCCAGUCUGGUGGGGCUUUUGGCUGCCGGUUGUAACCCACACAUUCUUGUGAUGGAACUCGCCCCAUAUGGCUCUCUGGACUCGCUUUUUGAGCGUGAAAAUAGCAGUCUCAGCCGCAAACUACAGCACAGGAUAGCACUGCAUGUGGCGGAUGGUCUCAGAUAUUUGCACUCUUCUAUGAUUAUCUACCGAGAUCUGAAGCCGCACAACGUUCUGUUGUUUAACCUGAAGACGGAUGCUGAGGUCAUCGCUAAAAUCACAGACUUUGGCAUAGCGCAGUACUGCUGCAGUAUGGGCGUCCGCAGCUCAGAAGGAACACCAGGUUUUAGAGCCCCGGAGGUCGCCCGAGGUAAUGUCAUCUAUAACGUCCAGGCAGAUGUAUAUUCGUUUGGUCUGCUGCUGUAUGACCUUUUGACCUACGGCGAGCGGAUAUCUGAUGGAAUGAAGUUUCCCAGUGAGUUUGAUGAGGUGGCUGUGCAGGGUAAACUACCAGUCACGCGUUCCAACUUCACCUCAGCACCAGGCGCGAGUCAAACGAGCGUGGAAAAGCAACUGCGCUCAUACCGCGUGUUUGAUCGUCUGAAUUCUGUAGAGAUGCUUUGUCUGAUGCGAGAGCUGACAUCGAUGAGUUUGCCUGGCGAGUGUUUCACUGUCUCCGGUGCCAGCGGAGGUGCAGACGGAGGUAAAAAUACCUGUGUGUGGAUUGGAGGUGGCAGUUGCAGCCAGAAAUUAGGCUGUGUGACAUCACUGGAUCUGGAGACAGGGGGAAGCUUGAGCCAGGAGAUUGACAGCAGUCCAGUCCUCUGCAUGGUGAUCAUCAGAGCUCCGGGGUCAUGCAGUGACUGGUUAGUCGCUGGUACACAGUCAGGUUCACUCUUCAUCAUGGACACAAUAAAAGCAGAGGUUCUGCACUGUCUGAAGAGUGUGAAGGACUCUGUGACAUCACUCUACUUUCACACUGACCUUCACCACAGAUACUUAAAGAAUUACCUUUUGGUCGGGACAGCAGAUGGAUCAUUGGUCAUUUAUGAAGAUUCAGCCUUGAAGGUGAAGAAUGGUGGUCCAGUGAAAACGCUGCAGGUUGGUGCUGUGAACACUCCUCUGAUGUGUCUCGGUCCGUCCAGUCACCCUCAGGAGUGCAGAGGACUGUGGGCGGCCUGUGGCAGCAGGGUGAUCUCGCUCACAGUGGGAUAUGACAUCAAUAGAAGCAUAGACACCAAACCCAAACAGCUGUUCCCGCAACAUGGUCGAAUCAGCAGUGAUCCUUGUAUAUCACGGUUAGCGGUGGACAAACAUGUGUAUGUAAGCAAAAGGGGCGGCCACACUGUGGAGGUCUGGGAUAAGAAGACUGAGAGGAUGGUGAACCUCAUUGACUGCGCACAGUUACUCAGAUUAAGUUCCACCAAAAAGCCCAAAGCCCAGAGUGAGGACCAGUCUAGACAAAUGGUGCCAUCUUUGGCAAUUGUUAAAGCUCUGUUGGUCCAGCACAGUGGUACUCUGUGGAUUGGGACCAAAGCAGGACACAUCCUGUUGGUGGAAGUCUCCAGCUGUCAGUUACUUCAGACCAUCAGCCCUCACUGCCACUCCUUACGCUGCAUGGGUUCUGUGCUGUUAGACACACUAAACCGAAAGAAUGUUAUUCUAGUAUUGGGUAGACGGCAACGAAUGCCACAAGACCAAAUCAAAACGCAAGUCCCAGCUGAGGAUUCAGUUCUGACGGUGUGGAGCAGUUCACUGCCUCUGGAGGUCAGAGAUCUGAUCCGACACUGUGAGCUACGAGACAAGAUCACCAGCAAAAUGAGAGAAACACUCCACAACUGAUCACCCUCUCUGUGUGCGCAUCACUUCCUGUCAUGUAACACAUGUAGCAUUACUGUGUUUAUUGUGCAGAUUUUGAUUGAAACGACUGGAUUUCGCCUGCGAAACUUUGCUGAGCAACAGUUAAUGCGACCGAACCUUUACUGUUUUGAAAAGGGACCCAUGUGAAAAUGCAGUUAGUGUGAAAGGUUAUUUUAUAUAGUCAUGGGAAACAUUUAUUUUUGUUACAUCUCAUAUGUAGCUGUGCAUUGAUAUGUUUGGAGUAUACAGAAACUGAUAUAAGGUAGACAACCAAAAUUGCAAACACUUGAGUUAGCGUUAUUAUUUUACAGUAUUUAUUCAUGAUUUGAAGCCAUAAGAACAGAGGAGAAAGCCAUCAUUUAUCAAAAGUAUCUCUAAUACCUCUUAUGCAAAUGUAUCAUGUUUAGUUUUCACUAGAAUAUCAUAGUUACUGCUGCUGUUAGCAUCUGGAGCACAAUAGACAAACUGUUAACGGUAACUAGCAUAACUGUCAUAAAAACAACUGAAGAUUAUGAAAUCUUCUUGCACUUUUUGAAGGGAAUCCCACGUUAAUGCUAGUAUUCAGACUGACUAAUGCAAAGUCUAUUUAUUAAAUCUCUGUGUUAAUUGUUUGGAAAUUGAAUUGUACUAUGAGUAAUCCAUUGCUAAAUUCUGAGCAAUAAGCUAUUAAAGUUACACUACACACAUUCUGACCUUUUAUGAAUUA